GUCGAGACUGCUCGCAUACCACUAUACCUUCACAUAGGACCUGCAUAUCAACUUACAACCUCGUCACCCGAGGCCGAAGCAUGGCUAUCAGGCAUACUACUGAGCGCAUCCCGCUGCGAUGAUGGAAGCACUUCCUCCUGGUGGAAUACAGCGAAAACGGACUCACCACUAGCCGUCUUGCUUGCCGUUGAUCUCGCACACAGCCCUCCUAAAGCAACAUCGACAAGACCGCUUACCGAGCUGCUGCUCUAUGCUAGUCGUAAAUCACCAGCAGAUGCAUUGCGUGUUUUUGCUCUCCCACUAUGCUCGCACUUGCUCUCACACAAUGUCCCCGAGAGGCCAACGCCACCGCCGUCGCCGGACGACUCUAGCGAGGCAGCCGAGGCGACUUUCUUGGUCCUGGAUCAUCCACAAUCGCUUCAAAGAGAGGAAAUCAUCAAUCUGCCGCCAGUUGUGAGGAAGAGAAAGACAGUCGCCGAUCAGUUCGAUGAAGCGGCCGAGCGUAGACUCCAAGCCCGACGGAAGGGUGGUGCGGGGCUUGCUGCUGUCACUGCGACUCGUACAGCUUCAACCGAGAUGCUGCCAAGUCUGAGGCAUCGCAGAUCUGCCAGCAACAAUCAGGCUUCGUUACGCACGAGACCGACUUCGAGAGCUUCCAGUGUGUCAUCAGCGCGGCCACCAACGGCAAGAGAAAGCUCGAUUCCAGCUCAAUCUAAGCGUUCUUUGCUGGCUACAGUGCAAAGUACUACAGAAGAGCCAGCUCCACUUGAAAAAGCCUCUCUCGAGGUCAAGAACAAAGAAAUCAUCUCAAAAGUGGUGCUAGCUGGCAUGCGUUUAUAUGGCAUCGUCCCGAGCAAGACCCGCAAGUCAAGGUCAGGGUCGACUGUGGCUUCGCCUGCUAUAGAUGCCAGUUUCGCUGAGCUGGAUAUUGAGCGACGGAACGACGAGGAGUACAAGCUGAUGUACCACCAAGUCUACAAAGGAACCUGCUUCGCAUUCCGGCAGCACAUAGCCAUCACAUCGCUGGCACUGCACACGGACGCACUGCGAGAGACGGUAGACAAGUUCUUGGGAAUCCAUUGCAGCGAUCCUUUGCUGCUUGGGGGCAGUAUGGAAAAUGAUGAGAAAUUCACCCCCGGCGGCAGGAAGGCAUUUGGCUCUGAAGCCGCACCAGUAUCGGGUAAUCCAUUUCUGGCAGCACCUGUAUCAACAGUUCGUGCCAGCACGCCUUGUGAUCGGAGGAUAGCGGUGAGCAAGGGUACAUGUACCACAGUGCAUCCUGCAUGACCACGCGUAUAGCCUCCAUACGAUGGAGACGCUGUUUGGCUCUGCAGGUUGCGCAGCUAGGAUAUGUUUUCUGGUCACGUCAACGAUUGUCUCACUGUAUCCAUGAGGAUCGACGUCCCGCUUCACCUUCUUUUGCAUCCGACAAGCAGGGAGGUGACAUUUGUGGUAUGCUCCUACAUCUAUGAGCCGCCAGACAAGCUCCACAAGCACACAGAGUGGCUACACCUCGAAGCACUUGGGUAUUUCCACAGCAACGACAGGUUGCUCAUGUUGUGCAGCUAACGGAUUGCUGUCAACGCGGCAGAGGUUUGCCGCAGUACCUGCAUAAGUCACAAGCCGUAUGCCGUGUGCGCGGAAUACCGUUGCAACUCACCGGGUCGCACAAGGAUCCGCAAGGGACCUGAAAAAAAAGAUGUACGAAACUUUGCAACACAGUGGUCGCUUUGUCACCGGAAGGAUUGCCUGCUUCUGACAGUGACUCCAAUCGAAACGUCGCUCAAUCGUCGACAACGCUACCUCCUAAGCUCUCACGGAUACCUGUUGAAAGACUGUUCAUUCAAGCCUUUGUCGUUCAACCUCCACCCAAAACAUGGAAAAAAGGCCUUUCGCGAAUCGAUAAUGUUCAGCAAGCCUCGUCACCAGCGAACCGCAUUCGGAUAAUGGUCACCAAAAGUCUUUUUCGACAAGUUACAUGAUUCUUGAGCAGCUAUACUCUGCGCGAGGAUCAUCUAGCCUCUCGAUUGCCCCGGCACAGUGUUGCAGACUCCAAGUUUUUGGUUUGGAAAAACUCCAUCACAGAGAGAGGAUCCUAGCUAUCCUCAACCCAUAUAUAUAUCCUCGCUAGAGCAU